CAUAUGCAGAGCUGAACUCACAGCGUCUUGUUCCUCUCUGCUGCUGACAGUCACAGCACGAGAGCAAAGGGGAAAAACUAAAUGGAAAUCAAACCUAAAUAUACCAUCAACACACAGCAACAGCUCAAACUGGGGCCGUUUGCUUCACUGACAAUCGGACGGUUGAGAAUGUAGAUUUGGUCUUUUGGGAUCACAGUCAAAACCAACUGGUUUCACAAGAAGAGACUUGAGGGGUGGCUUUGUCAGCCUAGUGAUUGGGAGCCGCCAACACAGUCACACUGAAACCUAAUCCAGUUUCAAUCAGGAAGUGCUGAGGAUCAAAAUGGCUUCUGGACUCCAGCGUGAGAUCUGGACCGAGGAGAUCAUUUGCCCGGUUUGUCUGGAUUUCUUCACUGAUCCUGUUAGUCUGGGCUGUGGCCACAACUUCUGUCGCUCCUGCGUCACCCGGAGCUGGGAAAAGCAGGAGAACAACUGCUGUGCUGUUUGUCAGGAGACAUUUCCAGAAAAGAACCUCACAGCCAGUUGGGCCUUGGCGAGUCUAGCAGAGAAAGCUCGAAAAUUGUGCCUGAACCCGACACAGACGGCAGUUAACCUUCAGUGUGAGAAACACCGGGAGCAACUGAAGCUGUUCUGUGAAACUGACAAGAAAUUGAUCUGUUACAUUUGCAGAGAUGCGAAAGAACACAGAGGUCACAGCUUCCUGCCCAUUGACGAAGCUGCUGAAAUCUACAAGGAUCAAACAAAGUCCUCCUUAGCUUCUCUGACACAGAGGAAGGAAACGGCUCUACAAUCUGCAGCCAAACAGAAAGAAAAGAUUUCACAAGUUAAGGAACAGGUGAACAGUCUGCAGAUCCACGUCACGGGUGAGUUUGCUAAAAUGCACCAGAGUCUGACUGACAGAGAGCAGCGAGUGAUGCGAGAUCUCAGACAGCGAGAGGAGGAGAUUCUAAAGCGAAUGGAGACAAAUCUGCGAGAGAUUCAGUGCAAAUUAGAUUCUGUUGAACAACAACUCUCCGAGUUAACGGCACAGCUGGGAAAAGACGAUCUCACCUUCAUGCAGGAGGAAGCUGCUGCCAACAGAAGGGUCAGUGACGAGCGUUUUGAUCUGUCAGUGUGUGAGGCUGAGCUUCCUGUGUCCAAGUACAAAUGGCCUUUGAAGAACACAGUCUGGAGACAGAUUAUAGACAACAUCAGCCCAGCUCCGGCCUCUCUGACUCUGGACCCUGACACAGCGCAUCCCCGGGUCAUCCUGUCUGAGGACCUGACCAGCGUGAGAGACGGAGACACAUGGCAGCAGCUCCCUGACUCCCCGAAGAGGUUUAGUAAAUAUGCGAUGGUUCUGGGGUCUGAGGGCUUCACAUCAGGGAGACAUUACUGGGAGGUGCAGGUGGCCAACAAGACCAAGUGGGAUGUGGGAUUGGCCCGAGAGUCUGUCAACCGGAAAGGACAGAUCACACUGUCACCAGAGAAGGGAUUCUGGGCUGUGUAUCUGAGAAACGGGAAUGAAUAUCAAGCUUGUACAUCACCUCGCACCCGGCUGCCCCUGAGAGAGAGACCCGGGAAGCUGGGAGUGUUCCUGGACUAUGAGGGGGGACAGGUGACAUUUUACAACGCUGAUAACAUGUCUCAUCUCCACACUUUCACCCAGACUUUCACUGAGAAACGUUAUCCUUACUUCCGUCCUCUGUUCAACGACGGUGGCAAAAACUCUGAGCCUCUGAGGAUCUGCCGGGUGACAGAUUAA